AUGCCCCAAAAGGCCGCGGGACACGAGGCUGACGCGUGUGGUGGGUGUGCGCCCCCGGCCCAGACCACGCCCACCCUGGGGCAGCCACGCCCCCCGGGGUCAAGGUCGCCGGACCGCCGCUAUGGACCCCGCUCCUUUGACGCGCGAGGAACUGGCCAGGCGGAGACACGCCCUGAGCCGGGGCUGCCGGCUGCGCCCACGGAGGCUCAAGGCCGGAGUAUCCCGCCGCACCUGCCACUUAUAAGGCCGCGGUCCACACCUGGGGAGUGGUCAGUUCUCCGGCUGUUCACUCCUCGCGAGUCGCCUGCCCCAGCUCCCGCCGUCAUGAAGGUCGCCGCAGCCCUGCUCCUCGUGUUCGCCGCCUGCGCCUCAGCCGGCCUGCUGGCGCCCAGCUCCUACCUGGUGCGCACGCCCAGCCUGGACAGCGCCGUCAUCAAGUCGGACCGUCUGGGCGGCAACUUCGCCUACAGCUCGGUGGAGGGCCACGCGUACCAGGCCGUCAGCCCCGUGGUGCAGAGCGUGGUGGCGCCCGUGGGCGUGUCCUACACGGCGCACCAGGUGCCCCUGGGCUACGCCCUGCCCCACGCCUACCCGGGGGUCCUCUACGGCUGAGCAGGACCUGCUUGAUCCUUGCUGACCCACCUGCCACCCGUGACCGUUCAUUCCGCAUGACAUGAGCUCAUACAUCCGUCGUGACGACUGUUCACUUAAUUUAUGUUACAAAUAAAUGCUUUAUAACAA